AUGUAAUAAUUCAUUAACAAUAACUUUAAAAAAUGUGGAUUUAAUUUUAAUUCUAAUUAAUGUGAGAAUAGAUAAUGUGAACAUUUGAAAUUUAUACAUGUUGGAUUAUUAAGUGAUCAAGAUUGUUAUGAUUGGAAUUAUGAUUGUAUAUUUGAUGGAAUUGAUUGUAGACUCUUUGAUAAUAUAGAUUGUACUCAAAUAAAAUUAAAACAUUAAUGUAUUUAAUAUUCAUAAUGUAAAUUAAAAUAAAAUAAUUGUGUUUAUAAUGUAGAUUGUGAAUAAGAUAUAACUGCAACUACAAUGGAUGAUUGUAAAUUAAUAAAUACGAUAUGUUAAUUAGAUUAUAUAAAUGGAUAAGGUUGUAAAUAUGAAUAAUGUGAAUAAAUUUUACAUUAAUCUCAAUGUGAUUUAGCACAUACUAGUGAUGGAAUGAAUAGCUAUUGGGAUACUAAUACUUAUAUUCCUAAAUAAUGUGUUUAAUUUACAAGUUCUUUAGAUUAUUAAUCAAAAUAUGGUAUCUUAAUUAUUAAUUCAAAAAAUAUUAGUGUGAAAUGUUAUUGGUGUAGUGGAUCUUGUUCAGAUAAUUAAACAUGUGAUACUACAAUAAAUUUAGGAUUAAUUACACAUGAAGAUUGUUAUAAUUAAAAUAUUCUUAAUACUAUUAAUUAUUCAAAUGGUCCAAAAUGUAUUUUAAAAUAAAGUUCUUGUACAUCCUAUAUAAUUUAAGAUUCUUGUAAAGUAACAAUUGAUGGUUUAAAAUGUGCAUGGGUUUUAGGGAGUUGUAAGGAUUUUUGUAUGUCUAUACCAACUGUACCUGCCAGUAAUGAAGAUUGUCAUACAUUUGAUAAUAAUUAAUUGUAUGUUAGAUGGAACUUCAUGUAUUCUUGUUGAUUGGUUGAUUUUAAGUGUUACGGAUUGUUUAAUAUAUACAAAUAUUUGUAUUGAGAAUUCUUCAAAUUAAUGUGUUAAGAUUACUGAUUGUAAUGUAUAUAAUUCUAGUAAUUGUAAUGCAGGUAAAGAUUAUAAAGGAUAUUAAUGUGAAUAUGUAAAUGGAGCAUGUUAAAAAUAGAAUACUCUUGAAAAUUUUUUAUCUUUAACUAAUUUAGAUGAACAUUAAUUAUGUGAGUAAUUUUAUCCAAGUGGAAUAUGUACUGUUAAAAGUAAAAAUACUAAUUGCGCAGAUUUACCAAAUAGUUGUAGUUAAGCAACAUAAAAAUAAUGUAUUUUAGAUAAAGAUAGAAAUAGAUGUUAUUGGAAGGCAACAUAUUAAUGUAUAUAAUUAUAAAAUUGUUCCAAUUUAGGAAUUGAAAAUAAUACACAUAAUAAAUGUUAAUUCUAUUUAUUAAAUUGUACUGUAAAUUAAUUUUUAAAUGGUUGUAUUGAUUUAGUUGAUUGUAAUUUAUAUAUAAUGAAUAACGUUUUAUAGAUAGUUUAUAAAAUAAUGUGA